CCUAAGCUUCUGUGACCCCACUAUCGUAUGUGGACAUUCAUCUACACCAGCAUCGCAACUCCCCGGGUUCUUUAAAGUUUACUAUGUACCUAGGAGAUCUACAUACUACCUAGGUAUAUAUUACAUAGUACUAUAUGUAAGUAGCGACUUCAAUGGCAUUUAUUUACAAUACUUACGUAUUAUCCUAUUAGUCAACCCUCAACAAUGGCACCGGCGGAAACCACGGGAGGCUUAACCCCCUCGCAACUCGCCGCCUUCUGGCGCGAUGGCUACCUCGUCAUCCCGAACGCACUCCCGCCCACGACAGUCAAAGCACUACUCGACGAAACCCACGCUCUUCUCGAAGGAUUCUCCCUAUCAGACCAUCCCAUGACACGAUUCAGUACAGGCGAGAAAUCCGCUCACGUCGGGGACGACUACUUUCUCUCGUCGGGCGACAAAGUGCGCUUCUUCUUCGAGGAAGACGCCUUCGACGCCUCGGGCAACCUGACGAAGCCCAAGGAGCGCGCCAUCAACAAGAUCGGCCACGCCCUGCACGCCCUGUCGCCGCCCUUCGCCGCCCUCCUCGACCCGGCGCUAAAUCCCGAUCUGCUAGGUGCCGGGUCUAGCGGUGGUAGCGUGGCGGUCGGCCACAAGGAGAGCCACCCCGCCGCCAUCGCGCGUGCGCUCGGCUUCCGCGACCCGAGGUGUCUGCAGAGCAUGAUCAUAUGCAAACAGCCCGAGAUUGGUGGCGCUGUGCCCCCGCAUCAGGACACCACGUUCCUCUACACGGACCCGCCGAGCGCCGUCGGCUUCUGGUAUGCGCUCGAGGAUGCAACGGCUGAGAAUGGGUGCUUGAGUUUUCUGCCCGGCAGCCACAGGUGGGCGCCCGUGAAGCAGCGCUUCGUCCGUGCGGAUACCGGCGGGACCGGGUUCAUAAACAAUGAUGGCCCGAAGUUUCCGGUUGGGGAUGAGUACGGAGAGAAGGAAGGGCAGAGCGAGGACGGCGAGUAUAAGCUAGGCGAAGUCAAGGCUGGAUCCUUGGUUCUGAUCCACGGCAACCUGCUGCACAAGAGCGAAAGGAAUACGAGCCAAAAGGGACGGAUCAUCUACACAUUCCACGUCAUCGAGGGAGAAGGGACAAAGUACGACGAGCGAAAUUGGCUACAGCCACCGGCGGAUGGGCUCACGCGGCUUUAUAGAGAAUAAGUGAUGCAAAUGUAUCAUGUUGGUAGUGUAUUAGAUAUUUUGAAGCCCCCCUAUCCCACCAUCCAAUGUUUUUGAAUAUCCAUGAACCGCCAAAGGCAAAACUCCAAUCGCCAUCCCCAAACCACUUUAGGGAUAUAUUCCAUCCCAUAUAGAUACCACCAGGUACACA